AUGAAGCCAGAACAACAAGUUUUCCUACUCAUAUUAAAAGUUUUGUUAAAAGCACUAAAACAAAAGAUAAAACCAGUAAUCUCAUUUACAUUUUACAGCAUUUCGUUAAAUGCCUUUUGUCAUGUGACACUGUUUACCACUCUAAAUAUUGAAUUAAACUUUUGCCCUUUAAAUAUACUGUCAAAUGUUAAAACUAAAGAAAAAAUCUUACCAAACCCUCCGAGCUGCGAAUUCUCGGAAAUCUAA